AUGGAACAGAACCCCGGUUUCAUUGCUGCCGUUGAAGAGGCCAAGAUGGGCGCUGCAGAGGGCGGUGUCCCCAUUGGUGCUUGUCUGGUCUCGAAGGAUGGUAAAAUCCUGGGCCGUGGUCAUAAUAUGCGCGUGCAGAAGGGUAGCCCUGUUUUGCAUGCCGAGAUGUCCGCGCUGGAGAACUCCGGCCGCCUCCCCGCAUCUGCUUAUGAGGGUGCUACUAUGUUCACUACCUUGUCGCCUUGCGAUAUGUGCACUGGUGCUUGUCUUCUCUACAAGAUUGAUCGUGUUGUCAUUGGUGAGAAUGUGAACUUCAUGGGUGGAGAGGAGUUACUGCGUAGCCGUGGUAAGGAAGUGGUCGUGGUUGAUAACCAUGAAUGCAAGGAAUUGAUGUCCACUUUCAUGAAGGAGAAGCCGGAACUCUGGAACGAGGAUAUCGCGGUCUAA